CCGAGCGGUCUUCUUCGUCUUCCUCCAGCCAGCCAGCUAGGGUUCCGAAUCCAGUUCCUCUUCCUCCUCCGUCCUUCCUCUUCGUCUUCCUUUCCGACAGGGAUCGCCUGAGAACAACGCCGCAGUCCGGCGGGGUCCAGAUCGCCGGCGAUCGCGGCCGAACGAGCGGUUCCGGCGCCCCCUGCUGUAGAGCUCCCCGGUUGCUCUGUGAUCCCGUUCGCGUUCGGCCGUUGCCUCGGUUGGGGAGGUUUGGACUUCCGGAGCAGUGAGAUAUCAUGGCGAACAGGCACACCAUCAUUCUCAUGCAGACUUCUCAAAACAGAGCAAGCAGGACUUUCAUGGACUACGGUUCAGUGAGUCAAGCUAUGGAUGGUUUAUGUGGAUUAUAUGAAAGAAAACUCAAGGAGCUAAAUCCAGCCAUCAGAAACAUCACUUACGAUAUUGCAGAUCUUUACAAUUUCAUGGAUGGUCUCACGGACUUGAGUGCUCUAGUUUACGAUCAUAAUAUCCAGGCAUAUCUGCCCUAUGACAGAGAGUGGAUUAAACAACGCACCUUUCAACACCUAAAGAAGAUGGCACGAUGAGAGGCGUACUCCUAUUUGCAAAGCAAUAUUUGGUAAAUCGUCCGUGUAAUAUGUAGAAUUUGGCUUCAGCAGAGACGGUAUCUGCAUGAAGUUCAUGGAAAAGUGUUUUGACUGCCUUUUUAUCAUGAAGAUGUAUGGCUGAUCUCGAGCCCCGAUCCCCAUUUCCUUUUCGAUGGUUUAUACUCAAGAAUAGCAAGUUGUGAGAUCUGGUUUCUGAUUAUUGUGUAACAAGGUGCUCCAGUUGCCUGAGGAGUUAGACCUUGGAUCUGAAGAUUGUAAACUCGUCUUACUAGAAAACUAUAUGCUGUUGUGAGAA